ACAAUGCAAAAUGUACUCUUCUAUCAUUUGUCCCUUUGUUUAUUUUGUUAUUCUGGGAAUGCUGGCUGUCCGGGAUUACCUGAAAAAAAUAAAUAAAUAACAGAAGCAAGUAUGGCCAGAAGCAAGUCUCCAGAAGAACUAUGGAAGGUUCUCCAAGAUGUCCAGCAUGUGAAGCGGAGGGACAUUGUUCUGAAACGGGAGCUAGGAGAAGGUGCUUUUGGCAAAGUUUUCCUGGCCGAGUGCUACAACCUCAGUCAUACCAAGGAGAAGUUGCUGGUAGCCGUCAAGACCUUGAAAGAUCCGACUCUGGCCGCCAGAAAAGACUUCCAGAGAGAAGCCGAGCUACUCACCAACCUGCAGCAUGAGCACAUCGUGAAGUUUUACGGCGUGUGUGUGGACGGCGACCCGCUCAUCAUGGUGUUCGAGUAUAUGAAGCAUGGAGACCUUAAUAAGUUUCUGAGGGCUCAUGGUCCAGAUGCCACCAUCUUGGUGGAUGGCCAUCCGAUGCAGAGCAACGGCGAACUUGGUCUCUCUCAGAUGUUGCACAUUGCCACACAGAUUGCAGCUGGCAUGGUGUAUCUGUCGUCACAGCACUUUGUGCACCGUGACCUGGCCACACGCAACUGCCUGGUGGGAAAUGGCCUCCUGGUGAAGAUCGGAGACUUCGGCAUGUCCAGGGACAUCUACAGCAUGGACUACUAUCGGGUGGGUGGUCACACCAUGCUGCCCAUUCGCUGGAUGCCACCCGAGAGCAUCAUGUACCGGAAGUUCAGCACAGAGAGUGACGUGUGGAGCUUCGGCGUCAUCAUGUGGGAGAUCUUCACCUACGGCAAGCAGCCAUGGUUUCAGCUGUCUAAUAACGAGGUGAUUGAGUGCAUCACACAAGGGCGCGUUCUGGACCGGCCUCGUCUUUGUCCCAAGGAAGUUUACGACCUCAUGCUAGGCUGUUGGCAGAGAGAACCGCAGCAGCGACUGAACAUCAAAGACAUUCAGAAAGUCCUGUAUGCCUUGGGCAAAGCCGCCCCGGUCUACUUGGACAUCCUUGGCUAACACUGGUGCGCUUCAUCAGGCCUGAGGCCAACACAAUCCAGGAGAAACCAAACGGCCCCUAACCUUACUGCGCCACUGUAAAAUCACCUACGCAUCGGGGAUGGACUUAAGUGCCUGCAACACCAUUUUUUUUCAAUACACGAAUAAAAAGUACAAAAUAUUUAAAGAAAAACUUUUACAUUUUCUUUACUCGUACAGUAUAUAGUGUACAGAAUUCUACAAAGCUAAACAUUUUCCUAAAAACUGAUCAAUAAAAGACAGCAAAGUUGUGUAAAAGAUAUGUUGCCUUUGAUAUGGCAACCACGUAUCUAAUGAACAAAGCUUUCCAGUGUUUCAUUUUAUAAACGUAUAUAUACAUAUAUGAAUAUAUUUUUUAUUUAUUUAGUUUCAUUCUUGUUGUAUGGGUGCCUGUUGUGUUCAGCACUGUUGAUAGAUCUUCAUUUCAAGAUGGACUUCUGAUGUUGUUUUCUCUGGCACAUAGUCGGCAAAGCCUUACUAAAUUUCCGUUACUCUGGUUAGCAUGUUUUUUGUUUUGUUUUGUUUUGGUUUUUUGUUUUGUUUUAUUGCUUUUGCCCCUUUAUUCUUUUUAUACUCUGCCAUUUUGAUUUGUCAGUGAUGAGUGCUUGAGUGGGAUAAAAACUCUUUAGAAUACUAAAAUAUAGGUAUAUUUUAAUUGUAUGUGAUUGUACAUACUGUAAAUUUCUAUACCAGUCAGCUUAAAUUAUUAUUUUUUUUUCUUUAUGUUUGUUUUUGUUUUGAUCUUUGGUUGGUAGCACCGAUUUUCUAAACACAGCCAUGAGAGGGCAUAAAUAUUGUUCAAUGUGACCACUAUUGUAUCACUUUAAUCGCGCGCUCUACAGUCAAAUCAUUUACAUCUGCUGUAAGACAGUCAAAGGCAAGUGAAUGUUUGUGGAGGAAAUGUCAGCUCUCUGCAGAAUCAUAUUCAAUGGUAAACUGCUUUACUUUCGAACUUGCCAAAAACAUAAACUACAGUACAAGCUUUGUGUCACUAUUCUAUAAUGACACUGACCGAAGCAAUGUUUUUGCGAAUCUUCAUAGUACGUGAUAUCAGUGCCAUUGCUUUUGAAGUUAACAAUCUCAUGGUGUUUGUUGUCUGUAGCCAAACAAUUCUGUGUUCUUUUGCAAUGGGAGUGUUUGUAGUUAUUUUACACCAAAUCUUUCACAGCGUCACCGUUUUGACAACGUCCGAUUCUCUUGCCUCUUUGCAGUACCCGCAAAGGUUUGCUAAAGACAAAUGAAAAAUGUAUGUUUAGAAGAUGUAUUAAAUAAAUAUUCAAAUAUGGUCAGUUGGAAAGACUUUUAUUUCUUGCCAUGCUGUAUGCUGAACAACAUUUGGUUUCAACUUGGACAUUUCCUGAGGUUAUUAAUUUCUAAAUAAUUUCCAUUUCCAUAUUUAUGCAGCAUUUCUUAACAAUGCAGCUUUACAGAAAUCCACUGUUGAGCCCUAAUGAGUGAGCCUGAAGCUGACAAUGGUGAGGAAAAACUC